AUGACUCACCGAACAGUUCCUAUUCAUUUGGUGCGCGAGGCAUGUCCUGAUGCUGGGAUAAACGAUAUUCUGUACCAGGGGCAUUCAACUCCCACAGAAACCCACGAAGGUGUCUUUCGCCGUUACAAUUCCGGAGUUUCUCCCUUGGGCAAGAGCGUUCUAAUCACUGGUUGCGAAUCAAUGCUGGCUCGUGCUUUAGCCAAACGGCUCGACGAUCUUGGCUUCACGGUAUUUGCUGCCUUCAAAAAUUUAGAGGAUAAUCUGGAUGCCGGCACACUGAAAGCACUCUCAUCCGGACGACUGAAGCCAAUUCAACUGGAUGUCACAUCGGAAGUGCAGAUGCUGGAGGCUUCGCUGUACAUCACUGAGCACCUGCCGGAAGGGGCGGACGGUCUGUGGGCGGUUGUACACUGUGACAUGUGGUGUGCCCUUGGCGAGCUCGAAUGGAUUCCGUUCCCGGUGAUGCGAAAGUCCUUCGACAUUAAUGUUUUAGGAGUGUCCCGUCUGACGCAGAUCAUGUUACCGCUAAUCCGCCGUGCCGGUGGUCGCGUGGUGUUCCUGUCAUCGGCCAUCGCCCACAUCCCGUCGCCGGUUCGUGGAGUGCAGUGUGCCACUCAAGCGGCCAUCGAGGGUCUCGCGACCUGUCUGCGUCACGAGCUGAAGCAACGCGCCGUCACCGUUUCGAUCGUCUGUGCUAGCGAGUUCGCGUCCGGCAAUGCCUGGCUGGACGACAAAACGAUGCUGGACCAGGCCAAGGCGAUGUGGGAGCUGCUCAGCGACGAACAGAAGUCAGAGUACGGAGAGGAUUAUUUCGAACAGGCGAUACGGUCAUUGGAAAAAUACGUUAAUCUCGACGGUGAUUUCCACUCGACGGUGCGCGCUUUGACCGAUUCCAUCAUUCGUUCGUUCCCACUGUUCCGCUACACACCGUUAUCGCGUUACGAAAAGUUACAGACCAUCAUUGCCGAGCAUCUACCGAGACCGGUGUACGAGAUGUUCUAUCAGAAUUAA